UAUUAUUAAUUUAAUCCACUAAUUAUAGAAACAAAUUAUUAUCAUUCAGUCAUUUUCAGUCCUCCAGCCUAACCAGAGAUAAAUAGCAGAAUGAGGUGUCCUCUACUAGUACUAGUAGUCGUCUUCCUUACAUUAGCUCAAUCUCAGCUCAACAAUGGAACGCAGGAGGAGGAAACAGGACUAAUUGUAUCAUCAGGAUUAGUGAAACGAUCCGGCAUUCGAACUCUGACAAGAAGGAGACGAAACAGAAGAGGCCACAAGAUUGCAAAAAAUAAGAAGAAAAAGAAACAGUUUGGUUCUUGCGAUUAUGUUCGAUUAUCUGGACUAGAUAAGUGCAAAAAUGGUGAACAAGCAUUGCUGAAAAGUAAACUUCUGUUCCUAAAGGUGGAUCAAGUAGAUAUUGCUACAUUUUCAAAAAACCCAAACCAGUUUAUGAAAUGCUCAACUGUUAGAGAUAAAACAGCUGAACUAAAGUGCAAGUCUGUGAAAAAUCUGGAUAAAAUGCUUCUCUCGGACUCAGGAGGCUCGGGUAACUUUUUUCUUCAACUUUUAGAAACUAAAUAAAUAAACAUUAAUAAAAACAACACGAAUCUUUAGCACUUUUGGAAUACAAUAGGAAUAGGGGGGGUGGGGGGGCAGAAUAAAGAUGCAGAACAGUAUCUGAACAAUGCUGAAAAAUGUUGGAAAAUGUAAAAAUGCUUUACGGCGAACUGGAACUACAUCCUCAACUCCUGGGAAGAAAGAUUAAGGUAGAUUCAUAAACUUCAAGGUUUAAAAAAAUGAAACGGGUUCAUUUUUUUUAAUUAAGCGAAUCUGACAAUCUUUGAAAGUAAAAAUAUCGAUAAUUUCUGUCAAAAUAAUUAUAACAUUGUUUUCAGAAAACCUGGGAUAUUUGAUUUUGCAUCUAUUUUUUGAGGUUAUUAAAGAAAUUUACAGUUUGAAAAAUAUGUGUUGGUUUUCUAAUUAAUUCACAACAGUUUCAAUAAUUAGGCUAUAUAUAUAUAUAUAUCUGUUGACCAUAAAUCUAUCCUCUCCACUCUCACGUCAUGUCGUCUUUACCAGCCCAAAUCCAAACCAAACAAUUUCUCCCACUCUACCUCCCUACCCAUACUAAGGAAAAUCGAAAUAGUGAAAAGUUUUACUAAGUGAAAGAUCAAAUCCAUAAAUAACUGAGAAAUCAAUAGUUAAUUCCACUUAAAAAAAAACAAUAUUGUGUGUACUUUCUAAGGCCCGAGGGAGCAACCCUAUUAAACGGAUAUAAGGAACGGGUGAAAGUCAUGAAAGAAUAUCCAGUUUCUUAUUUCUAAUUAUAAUUCAACAACUUUUUCAUGUUCACUGUAUAAUAUGGUAAAAUCGAAGUUGGGAACCUAAUACUUGCUGCUUCAGAAGGAAAUACACAGAAACAGAAUUCAAGAUUAGACGGCACAGUUCCCUAUAAUGUAUGUUUAUUUAGCUAAUGUUUUAUUUAAAUUAUAUAUUAUAUAACUCA